AUUAUCAUUUCCUUUUCUUUAAAAGCCUCUCUUUUCUUUUUCAUUUUCUUUCUUUUACUAACUUGUUUGAUAGUUCUAAAGUUUCUUUACCUCUCUCCAAACAAAAGUCUAUUUCCCUUUUCUCUCUCUCUCUCUCUCAAAAAGCGUCACCUUUCCCUACAAUCCCAACAUAAACCCUAAAACCCCCCAUUUUUAAGCCUUUAGCCUAUCUGGGUAUUUCUCGAAAUUAGGGUUUUCCCCUUUGUUUUCUUUAAAAAUUUGAUUUUUUUGGGUUCUUUCUCUCUCUCUCUUUCUGUUUUUUUUUUUUUACAUGAAUGGAUACGGGGGAAAUUGAAGGUGAAGAAUCAAAGGACAACAGAGUUUAUACUAGAAAAAACCACAAUAAACCCAAAAAUCUCACCUUUGUGCCUCAACAAUCUUCUCAGCAAACUCAAGCCACUACCACUACAACUGAUGAUAACAACUCCUAUCAGCAUCUGCCAGUACAAAUCCUCGAUGUCGUGGCGUCAGACGAUUCGUCGAGCCAUAAUCGGUUGCAGCAGGGUGCGCAGAAUGCCACCAACGGGCUUGAAAACGCUGGGUAUGGUAAAUAUGAUAACCUUUUUAAGAUUAGCUUGAAUGUUUUGUCUAAAAGUAAGGUUAGAGUUCUGAAGAGGAAGUUAGCUAUUGAGCUUGAGCAAGUUAGGGGUUUGCUUAAGAAAUUUGAGGCUAGCGAAAGUAGGUUUAGUGGGGGCUAUGCGAAUUCGCAGGUUUCAGGGAAUGAGAAUGUUGAUAGAGGUGGUGGAAGUUUAGUUAGAGUGAAUUCUGAUGUUGGUUCUGUAGGAUUGCCUAGUUCAAGGCCUUUUCAUGGAUUAUCUGUGUCAGUGACAGAGCAUGAUUAUAGUAACCAUGGUGGUGGUGGGAGUGAGUUUGUGGAGAAAGAGAAGAGAACCCCAAAGGCAAAUCAGUAUUAUAAGAAUUCGAAGUUUGCUGUAGGGAAGGAGAAGUUAAAACCUAUGGAGAGUAAUAAGAAGAUUAAAAAGAAUGUUGGGAAGAGUAAUGGUGGUCAAAUGGGAGGUGGGAUUGCAACGGAGAAGUUUUCAUGUAAGUUGUUUAAGAGUUGUAGCAAUUUGUUAGGAAAGUUAAUGAAACAUAAGUUUGGUUGGGUGUUUAAUAAACCAGUGGAUGUGAAGGGACUCGGGUUACAUGAUUAUUAUUCAAUUGUUAAGCAUCCUAUGGAUUUGGGUACGGUGAAGACUAGGUUGAACAAGAAUUGGUACAAGUCACCCAUGGAGUUUGCAGAGGAUGUAAGACUAACUUUCAGUAAUGCUAUGCUGUAUAACCCCAAAGGACAGGAUGUGUACUCUAUGGCUGAUACAUUGUCAGGUAUAUUUGCAGAAAACUGGGCAGCUAUAGAGUCUGAGUAUAAUCUUGGUAGGAGGUUUGAAAGGAGUUAUGAUUACAGUUUGCCAACUCCUACAUCAAGGAGAAUUCCUGCUCCUGCUCCAGUUCAAGCUCAUGCCUCUCCUAUUCCUGCUCCUGCUUCUGCUUCGGCACCUGCACCUGCACCUGCACCAGUACCAUUAGAAGCUAGGACUCUGGAAAGAUCAGAAUCCAUGACAAUUCCUGUUGAUCCCAAUUCAAGAGCUGUGGACUUGACUCCUACGGGUAGGAUGGCAGUACCACAGAAAUCCAAGGCAAAGGAUCCUGAUAAGAGGGAUAUGACGUUUGAGGAGAAGCAGAGACUCAGUGUAAACCUUCAGAACUUGCCUUCAGAAAAACUCGAUAGCAUUGUCCAGAUUAUUAAGAAGAGGAACCAAGCACUUUUUCAGGAAGAAGAUGAGAUUGAGGUGGAUAUUGACAGUGUUGAUCCUCAAACGCUUUGGGAACUUGAUAGAUUUGUGACCAACUAUAAGAAGAGUUGGAGCAAAAACAAGAAAAAAGCUGAAGUUGUUCUUCAAGCAAAUGCAGAAAAUGACCAUAAUAUUCAGGAGACUAAUCUGGAGCCACCUGCUGCAGAGGUACGAAAAGUGCCUGAAACAGCAGUGGAGAGGAUUGUUUCCACAUCACCUUCAAUUCAUGGAGAAAGGCUACAAACUAACGAGAGUAGAUCAAGUAGUUCAAGCAGUUCUAGCAGUGACUCUGGAUCCUCAUCAAGUGACUCUGACAAUGGUAGUUCAUCUGGAUAAUGUGAGCUGGUCACCUUGUUUUUUAAUGGACUUAACUGAGAUCAUCUUAAAGAUGGAGGCUAAUUGAAGAUCAAUUACCAAGUAGCAACCAACAACUUUUAAAAUGUGAUUCUGCUUAUCAUUUCAAGUGAACCAUCAAACUGCAUAACAAAGUCUCUUUUGAAUCUAACCUUUUAAUAGGGAUGAAUGACAUGCAACAUUCAAUUUUUUGUAUAACUCAAAGUUGUGCAAAGCUGGUUCUUUCAGUUUCAUCAUGCGAAUCUUGUUGUUUCAAAGGUAAUCUUCCUUUUGAGCCAAAUUGUAAUAUAAUGGAUUAACAUAGUUGUGGCAAGAAGGUUUUCUGUAGGUAUAAUCAUCCUCUAUACACUUUUUGCUGCUUAUCUCCUAUGUUUUCGUCGUUCCUUCUGUGCAUGCCUGCACCAUUAAACAGAAAUUGUUUAAGAGGAAAUUUCCUUUAAGUGAAGCAUCUGACAUGAAGCUUCAAGUUCUCUUAUUAUACAUGUUGCGUUAUAUGCCAAUGACAGGUUUAGCGUGAGGUAUAAGAAACAGAGUGAUUUGUCUG